AUGGCGUCCACCCAGACAAUCCAGCUGGCCGCAGGGCUGGGCACCACUACCGCUCCCUCGCCGCCGGCACCGCUUCUCACCCGACUCCCGUCGCAUGCCGCCGCCGGUGUUCAUCAGUCCAUGAUCACUGACAGUGUCAGCAGGCUGAAGUCGGCGACGAGCAUUCCGGCGGGGGUUCGGGUUCGCCCUGACGAGGACGGCGCGCCGGAGGUACCGUACGCCGUCUCGUUGAGCGUGCCAGCGUCGCCGUCGGGGGUGCACCUCGGCGCGUCCAUCCGCCGCGGCGAUGCGCGCGCGCAGGCGGCGCCGUCCGAGACCAAGAUCGACAUCCACCCCGCCGAGCCGUCGCACUCGCAGCUGACGAUGAUCAAGGGAGCCGACGGCGAGCCGCCGGUGCAGUGCGCGGUGCCGCGAAGCACCAGCACGCGGGACCGGCGGUUCGACCAGUUCAAGACCUUCUCCGGCCGCCUCGAGCGCCAGCUCUCCAGCCUCCGCGGGAUGCCGCCGCAGGAGCCGGCAGACAUCGAGACGGCAGAGUCGAAUAAGAUCUCCGAGGAGGAGGCCGACGGCGGCGAGGUGCCCACCGCCGACCGCUACUUCGCCGCGCUCGAAGGCCCCGAGCUCGACACGCUCCGAGCGACGGAGGUGGCGGUGCUGCCCAAGGACGAGAGGUGGCCGUUCCUGCUGAGGUUUCCGAUCAGCGCGUUCGGGAUGUGCCUGGGCGUGACCAGCCAGGCGAUGCUGUGGAAGACGCUGGCGACGGAGCCCUCGACGGCGUUCCUCGGCGUCAGCCCCGACGUGAACCACGCCCUGUGGUGGCUGUCCGUCGCACUCAUGGUGCUCGUCUCGGCCAUCUACCUCCUCAAGGUCGUCUUCUACUUCGAGGCCGUCCGCCGCGAGUUCCACCACCCCAUCCGCGUCAACUUCUUCUUCGCGCCAUGGAUCGCCUGCCUCUUCCUGGUGAAGGGCUCGCCCAGGCCGGUGUGGACGAUCCACCACGUCGUCUGGUUCCUCCUCAUGGCGCCCAUCUUCCUCCUCGACCUCAAGAUAUACGGCCAGUGGAUGUCCGGCGGCGAGCGGCGGCUAUCCAAGGUGGCCAACCCGUCCAAUCACCUGGCCAUCGUCGGCAACUUCGUCGGCGCGCUGCUCGGGGCCAGGAUGGGGCUCCGGGAGGGCCCCAUCUUCUUCUUCGCCGUCGGGCUGGUGCACUACAUCGUGCUGUUCGUGACGCUGUACCAGCGGCUGCCGACCAACGUGCAGCUGCCCAAGGAGCUCCACCCGGUGUUCUUCCUGUUCAUCGCCGCGCCGAGCGUGGCGUCCAUGGCGUGGGCGCGGCUCCGCGGCGAGUUCGACAUGGGAGCCAGGGUCGCCUACUUCGUGGCGCUGUUCCUCUUCAUGUCGCUGGCGGUGCGCGCCAACAUGUUCAGGGGGAUCCGGUUCUCGCUGGCGUGGUGGGCGUACACGUUCCCGAUGACGAGCGCGGCGAUCGCGACGGUGCUGUACGCGUCGGAGGUGACCACCGUGGCGACGAGGUCGCUGGCGGUGGGGCUGUCCGGGAUCGCCACCGUGACGGUGACCGGCGUGCUGGCGACCACCGUGUACCACGCCUUCGUGCGCAAGGAUCUCUUCCCCAACGACGUGUCCAUCGCCAUCACGCGGAGGAAGCCCAAGUUCAGCAAGAUCCUCGCGCACCUGCGCUCCUCCGGCGCCGACGUGAAGGAGCUCGUCUUCUCCUUCUCCUCCAAGAACGGCGCCUCCGACUCCGACGACUCUGCUUCGGCCGUCUCCAAGGACUACAGCAACAGCUCCGGCGAUCAAUCGCCGAUGACACGGCCGAUUAACUAA